UCAACACCAGCUCAUUAUCCAAUACUACCCGACUCAACAUCAACAACAUAUACAUAUCCAUCUGCACCGUCACCAAUGGGAAUGGUAGGUCAGGCCGAGAUGCCAACAUCGCUCGUUGAGUUAUCCAUCGCUUGUCGUAAUUUAAUCAACGCAGAUAUACUAAGCAAAUCAGAUCCACAAGUAAUUGUAUUUAUACGGAACGACUGGCAGGAAAGGUAUUAUGAAUUGGGUCGCACAGAGAUGAUUGCCGACAAUCUGAAUCCAGAUUUUGUCAAAAGAUUUCAACUGUCCUACAGUUUUGAAUGCGUUCAACGAUUAAAAUUUGAGGUCUGGGAUAUCGAUCCAAAAAUUAAAAUAGGUAGUUUAGAGAUUUACGACACAAAAAAUGACUUUUUAGGUCAAUACGAGACCACAUUGGCUGAGAUAGUGGCACAUCAGGGCAGACAACUGAUCGCACCGUUAACUGGUGUAAAGGGUCGCAAAAAUUGCGGUCAAAUAGUUUUGUUGGUCGAAGAGGUAGCCGAAUGCAAACACUUAAUCCGUAUGUCGUAUCGGGCGAGUAGUCUAAAGAGAACCAGAUUUUGGUCACGACUCGACCCGUUUUUGGUGUUUAGUCGGGCCAAUGAAGACAGCACGUGGACAGUCGUACAUAAAACAGAGUGUUUGCAUAAAAAUUUUAGAAAUAAUAAGGAAUGGCAACCAAUUGUUUUAAAGUCCAGAACUCUAUGUAAUGGUGACUAUGAUCGGGCCAUUCGGAUACAGGUGUUUGACGAUCGGUUCAGUGGUCAACAUAAGUUGAUUGGCGAUUGCUUUACAUCACUGUCUAAUAUAGUAAAAGGACCUGGACCAAAUAACGUAUAUGAUGUAAUCAAUAGGAAAAGAUCACAAAAGUCCAGUUCCUAUCGUAAUUCGGGUCGCAUUGUAUUAACCAGUAUUGCAGUGGAAGAAGAGUACUCUUUCCUCGACUAUAUCCGUAGUGGUACUCAACUGCACUUUGCAGUGGCCGUAGACUUCACAGCUUCUAACGGUGACCCACGGGAUCCCAAUUCAUUGCAUUACUUUGACAUUCACGGAAAACCCAAUUGCUAUGAAAUGGCAUUAAAAGCUGUCGGAGAUAUUAUUGCUGUUUAUAAUAGAAAUGGUGUAUAUCCUGCCUAUGGUUUUGGUGCUAAAAUCCCGCCGAUUAACACAGUUUCUCAUCAAUUCCCGAUCAACGGAAAUCUCACACAACCGUACUGUUCGGGAAUCGAUGAGAUACUCCGACACUAUCGGACAACACUAUCGGCGGUCACUUUGUACGGACCAACUAAUUUUGCGCCCGUCAUCAACAACACGGCUGCCAUUGCCCGUCAGUAUCAAUCGGGACACAACUAUUUCGUACUAUUGAUAAUCACCGACGGCAUCAUCAGCGAUAUACAUGCAACCAAAUCGGCAAUAAUAGCGGCCGCAUCGUUGCCGCUGUCCAUUAUUAUUAUCGGAGUCGGUAAUGCCGACUUUGACGCUAUGGACGAGUUAGAUGGUGACGACGUACGGGUCAAUGUGGACGGCCGUUACGCCGAAAGAGAUAUCGUACAGUUUGUGCCAAUCAAUCGGUUUCUCACCCGAUCGGGUCCUUCGAUCAGGUCUAAGGCAGAUCUGGCGCGUGAAGUGCUCUAUGAAAUACCCGAACAGUUGACCGGUUAUAUGAAAAGUAAAGGUUUCCGACCUAAUCGGACAAAUAAUGAUCAAUAA